CAGACCAUUUCACCAAGUACGCAGUGGCAGUCCCUACAGCUGACCAAAAGGCAAAGACUGUGGCUAAAGCUCUCUGGAACAACUUUCUCAUCCAUUACGGAUUCCCUGAACGGUUGCAUAGCGACCAAGGACGUGACUUUGAAUCAGCCCUGAUCAAAGACCUCUGUGCAUUGCUCAGCAUCAAAAAGACAAGGACGACCCCUUACCAUCCCCGGGGGAAUCCUGUUGAACGUUUUAACAGGACGCUGUUAGAGAUGUUGGGGACGCUGGAAGAAGGAGACAAGGUUAAGUGGAGGGACUUCGUACAACCCCUUGUACAUGCAUAUAACUGCACUAAGAAUGACACCACAGGCUACUCUCCUUACCAGCUGAUGUUUGGCCGACAGCCAAGACUCCCACUUGACAUUGCAUUUGGACUUACCCCAGAAAGUCCCAGUAAAAUCUCCCACUCAGAGUAUGUCAAGAAUCUGACAGAGAGCCUAACAGAGAGCUACAGACUUGCCACUGAGAACAGCCUGAAAACUGCUCUGCAAAACAAACGCAGAUUUGACAGCAAGGUGAGAGAGUCCACACUGUUACCUGGAGACAGAGUUCUUGUGCGCAAUGUUGGCAUCAGAGGGAAGCACAAGAUUGCAGAUAGAUGGAGUGAAACGAUUUACAAGGUUAUCAAGCAGAUCCAAGACUCCCCUGUCUACGUCGUAGUCCCUGAGCACACAAAUGGCCCUGAAAGAGUUCUACACAGAGAUUUACUUCUGCCAUGUGGCUUCCUCCCAUCAACUGUCAACAAUGAACAACCUGAGCAGAAUAAGCCCCAACAGAGACCUGACAACUUACCUGCUCCUGAUCCCGAUCAGCCUGCGGCUGAAGAAGAGUCCAACGACAAAGAAGAGGAGUAUUAUACCCUCUAUGAUCAACUCUCAGGGGAGUCAAGAAAUGCUCAAGCUGAACAGGAAAGACCGAUUCCAGAAGUUGAAAGACCUGAAACUGACCAGUCAGCCACUCGUGACAGUCGGCUGAGAGUUGAACCAAGCCCUGAGAAUCCAAGUGUGAGUUCUGAAAAGUCUGUCCUUGAUCCCGAAGCUCCAGCAUUUGAGCCUACCGAUGAUGAAGCAAGUCUGUCCCCCAAUCUGUCCGAAUCCGAGUCUGUGACAGCUGAAAGUGUUCCUGAAGUUCCUGCAACAGAUCCCAGAGAGUUCCAUAGCCCUGGAAGUGAACGAGAGGAUGAAUCACCUCGGAGGACCAGUGGAGAUGUGCUGGAACGGAUGGAGGUAGAAGAUGCUGAAAUUGCCCCUGACAGUGAAGUGCCACCGAGAAGAUCGGCUCGAGAGCGAGCAGUCCCCCAAAGACUUACAUACCCCACUCGAGGGAACCCCCUACUCACUGUAAUGCAUUCCAUCUUAGCUGGUUUAGACCAAGCUUUCUCCCAGACCCUAGUUGAUGCCCCUUACAUAUACAACUUGACCCCCUUACCCACUGAUAUAGUGUAGGAUACACUUCCAGUGUAGUGUAGAACAUGCAAGGAUGCAUGCAGAUUAAGGAGGGGAGGAUGUAACCCAGUGAAGUAUUACGGUUACAAUUAUCAUCGUAUUUCCUAUGUGUUUGUCUAUGUGCUUGUAAUUUCAUUUCCCGUCCACUAGGUGGCAGUAGAGACACUGUUAGGAAGGGAGAUAUGUAGAUGAAGAGCACUGGUUGCUAUGGACACAGAACAAGAUACCAAUGAAAGGAAAAGAUCGCAUUGAAGAACAGUAGAGAGAGAAAGAACAUUACAAGUUAAAUUAUUUACUUUAUUUUCGUGAAACAGUUUAAGAAUUUUAUUUUGUUUAAGUUGUGAUACCUUUGACAAGCCAGAUUCGUUUGAAAGAAGACCCGGACAGUGUUAAUACUGUAAUUUUUCUGUCCUUUCCUCCGGUUGGUUUUUUUUAAGAGCUUGAUUCCCAACGAACUAUCGCCGAACUUCCCUGGGUGCACGCGCGGCCAGCAGCAGUGACUGAGGAGCGUCUGGCCACUUGUCUCCUACAGCCGCGUCUCGUUCUCCAUCCAGGCUCCAGAGAUAAGGAGAUCCAUUGCACACACCCGCACGUGGGACACACAAAAAAAACAUACUACCCGGGUAGAUUGACACUUUUGGACGUUGAUAUUAUUUAUUUAUUUAUUUAAUUAUUUUAUUUUAUUUCUUUAAGCCAGAGCUCUGAGGUUUUCUUUUCUACUUUCUUAUUUCUUCUAUUUUUUCUAUUUAUUCUUCCUCCUUGAUGAAAAGGACAAUACCAAGGACAAUCUAAGGA